CUGACAUACUAAGUUUAGGUUAUGUUAAAGUUUGCAUUUUCCAGGACGUAAGGAAAAUAUCACAGAAAAGUUACAUAAAUAUAACAAUAACUAACUAAUUUAAUUUAAAUGUAUUCAAACAUUAUUAUACCAAGGCAAUGGUCCAGGUUCGCAUGUGUUUGUCGCUCUAUUGCUUCUAUAGAAGGUCAAAAAGUCCCUCACACCGGUAUAUCUAGUGAUGGUAUUUCUCCGCCACCUCGUAUACCCAGAGGUCCGACUGAUAUCUUGCAAGCACUAGCCGCAACCGUCGGAAAUGACCCUACCGCAGCACAUUACAAAUAUCACGACGAUCCAUUUCUUAUCCCGUUGUCAAAUUUCCGUAAACGAGCUUAUGCCUUAUCAGCGGAGGCAGGCAGGAAGGCAGCUGCUUGGAUCAGGGAUGAGCAUGCAAAUCUUUUUACUACAAGAGAGUGGGAUCCACCGAUGAAAAAAAAAACACCAUACUUUAAUGCUGAUCCACAAAUUCCAGCAUAUGCUCCUAAACCUUUUUAUAAUGACGAAAGUAAUGUCACAGAAAUUGACUUAAAAUACACAAUAGAUAAUGCACUUCUAGAAGAUGCAAUUAAAGUAUUUGAACUCCUUGGUGGAGAAUCAGGAUUGAGUAGUGAAUUGAAACUAUCAUUUCUCCAACUUCUUUGCUUCUACAAUGAGAAAGAACCUGUUGCAAUGGAAUGGGUUGAGGAGAGAUGGUUUGCUGCAGCCACAAAGGAAAGACAUGCUACUACAUGGAAGAUGGGUGGUCUAGCAGACAAGAUUUUCACAUCAAUGGACCCAAAAACACCUGAAGCAUACUGUGCUAUUAUACAAGGAAUGGCUAAAUAUUUUCAGGCAGAACGCGCUUAUGCCUUGACACAAGAGGCAAAAGAGAAAGGAAUACCUCUGUCCACUAGUGUAUAUAAUUCUCUGUUGGGUUGUAUCGGUUUCCUAAAAGAAGGUGUAUCUUUACGUAUUGAAGCUUUGAAGAGUUUAUUGAUAGAAAUGGAUGAACAGGGAUUGUCACCAAAUUCGGAGACUCUGACCGCAUGUUUGAAGUCCCUGUCGGCGUGGGGGGGCGGCAAGACGCUGCAGGACGUGGCGCUACAGACUGUGGCCGAGUUCCGGCAGCUGGGCAUCGAGCCCAGCCUGUCUGCCUACUACUACUUGUUGUGCCUGUUUUGCAAAGACCAGGGACCAAAAAUUGACAUAUUAACAAAUAUAAUAACAGAUCUAGAAAAGAGAGAAUCAAUAAAACCUACAGAGGCUGCUGAUACAAAUUUCUUCAUCACCGCCAUGGGAGUCUGCAGCAACCACUUACAGGAUAUAAAUUUAGCAGAAAGAUUACACGCAUUGUUAAUGAAGGAUGAUAAUUAUAAACUAGUAGGAGACGCGUACAAAGAGAGCAUAUAUUACAGGCACUUGGUGACUGUCGCUUGCAGAUUCGCGCCAUUCGAAAGGACAACGGAGCUACUGGAUAUGUUGAUACCAAAUGUAUAUGUUCCGGAGCCCUCGGUAAUGGAGGAGAUAUUGAAGGUGCUGGAGCUGCAGGGCGCAGGCGCGCGACUGUGCGAGGCGUGGGGCGCGCUGGUGGUGGCGGGGCACGCCUCCCGCACCAGGCUCGUCGAGCGCCUGCUGCGCGCGCUGCGCACGAGCUACGGCGAACAGGACGAUGAAACGAAAGAAAAAAUGCAAACCGUCGUAGCGGAUAUUCUAAAGUUCGGUGACCUGGCCGAAGAGCGGGAAGAAAGAGAAGAGAGAAGGACUCCAACACAAAAGCUGUCGGCGGGCGCGCUGGGCGACGCGCUACUCGUGUGCGCGGACGCGCGCGGCGCGGCGGCGUGGGACGCGGCGGAGGGCGCGCUGCGGCGGCUGCGCGGCGCGGGCGGAGGGGGGGGCGGGGCGGCCGGCGCCGGCGUGGCGCCCGCGCUGAGCGAGCUGGCGCGCCGCGCCGCCGCCGCCGGCCGACACGCGCUCGCCGCGACGACAGUUUCAUACUUAGCGGAGUGCGGGUUCGAGGAAGCAAUUCCAGCGAGUGUUGUGACUUUGAGCGUUAUAUUGAACCGAACCACAGAGGAAGUGGAGAAACUUCUAGAAGAGAAUAAACCCUCUCUGGCGACGUCGUUACAAUCAUCAGCGUUAGAAGUCGUCCAGGCGUACCAUGCAGCCAAAACCGGAGCACCCUUAAGAGAUUCAGAAUCAUCCACAAGUUCCGACAGUGACAGCGAAUCUUCUGACGACGAUUAGAUAACAUUAUAAAUAUAUAAUAUAACUUAGUAUUACAAUAAAAUGCAUUUAGAUAU